CCCUCAUCCAUCCCCUGACUCUUCUAGUUUCAUCUCAGCCUGUACAAAUCUUGAUUAAACUAUCGCAUUACUAUUGCCUAAGUAUUCAUAUACAUUUCUCAUUAUUUAUCCUAGUACCUCUUGCCGAGACAUACCUAUCUCCCAUGGAUUGUUCGACUUUCUAUCCUCUAUGUACAUCCAGUUAUUUUGUGACUUGAUGAAUAAACCAGCGUUGAUCAAUCAUCAAAUGUUGACAACGUUGAAGGCGAAGUCCGAAGCACGGCCAAAUCCUAGCCAAAGAUUUGCACUGCCCCAGUAUUAAGCGCCCACCAACGAUCUUGUUGCUUUCCUGUCAUUUCCUGGUCAACUAUGUCUUCCCUGUCGUCUGUCGUCUCGGAUCUUGUUCGAGCAUCUAUGGGCUCCUCUGUUGCUCCAACAGUCACUGAUGAAGAACUCGACAAACAUGUUCGGGAGCUCUUGAUUCGGGACGCGAAGAAAAGAGCUGAGCGUUAUGGCCAGCAAGGCAUUCGAGCCUAUCUCGCCAGUGGGCUGUACGUCCUUUCGUUUCCAUCACUUUCUGGACAAGCUUUAACGUCGGCAUCAUUCAGGUCAGAUAGCAAUGCCCCCAAAGCAAACAAACGAUUUCUGUCUUCUGUCAUUCGAAGUACAGAUGAACAUAACAAGACUAUACUUAGAGCUCAGGCUCUUUCCGCGGAAGAAAUAAAGCGAGAAAGGAGGGAACAGGAAAUGAAAGAACGGCGUGCUCGGGCAGAAGAGGCGGUAAGGGCCGAAAAGCUAAGACGUUCAGGUUCCAGCGCAAGUCGUCGAAGGGCUGGUGAUUCUGAAGCAUGGGAUAGGUGGGAUGGAACUACCUCGGAUAGAAAGAGGAAGAGACGGAACUGGGAAACAUGGACUGGCGAGGAAGAUGAAGAGGAACGCCACAGAAGCCGCAGGAGAACAAGCCAUCGUUCUAGGUCCAGGUCGCUAAACAAUAACAAGGAGAGCCAUAGUCAUCGACGUUCUUCCAGACGAUCACGCUCACGCGAUGAUCGUGCAAGCUCGUCAAAAAUACAAAAACGUCGCAGUCGGUCUCCUCGCAAUUCACAUCACAAGAGCAGUGGCGAGACCCAUUCUUCUAGACGGAACAAAAAAGAAAGUUAUCGCCGUGACUCCCGUUCUGUCAGCCCAUCGUCCUCGCGUGAGUCUGACAGAGAGGAUUAUAGUCAUCGCCAGAGCAAGCACAAAAAAGACACCAAGGAUGAGAGCAAACCGAAAAGGCGGUACGCACUUUCAUCUUCGGAUGAAGAAGAUGCACCUAGGAGACGGAGUCGUUCUCUUACAGUCCAAUCUGAUCUUGGCAGUGCUUAUGCAUACUCUUCUAGCAGCCGAUACCACUCUCCCGAACCACCAGUCCCAUCCUCUAGCAGCACCACCCUCAAUCGUGAAUCUGAGCUACGUAAAAAACUACAGUCGAAAUAUCCUGCACAAGAUACAUCCCACUCGCGCGAAGAAGAGCGGGUGAAGGAGGAGAGCGCUACAACUGGGUCAUCUCAAAGGAAUUCACGCAGUCGACAUUCACGUUCGCCCGACCCUAAACCUAAGCGUCGAAAAGCCUCUCGCUCCUCUCGCUCAUCGCAAAUGUCUAUUUCACGUUCUCCAACUCCAGGACCAGAACAACCUGGUCCUGCUCUCCCUUCCAAAAUGGACAAGUACUUUGAUGAGAGUUACGACCCUCGGCUAGACGUCGCCCCUCUAUCAGCAGCGCCAAAAGUUCCGGCAACUGGCCUUAUUGAUUCUGCCGAGUUUGAAGGAUGGGAUACUAUGCUUGAUUUGAUACGUAUAAGGAGGGAAGACAAGGCUGAGAAGAAGAGAUUAGAACGGAUGGGGCUGAGCAAGGACGAAGUCAGAAAAACUAUGUUUGGAGAUCCCAAUGCAGUAGGAACUGCCAGUGGCGGUAGUGUGAGCGACAGAUGGGCUGGCGAGGGAGUUAGCGCAAUGAACAUUCAGUACAAUAAACGGGGCUCAGUUCGUGAAUGGGACAUGGGCAAAGAAAGUUUCUAGACUUAGAGCUUAGAUGCUUGACGCCGCGAUACCAUCCUACUAUCGUACACUAUUUAUCGGGACUUUGCACUACCAAACCUGCUAUUGCUAGCGGAUCUGUCACU